GCAGAAACACGGCUAAAAUGUUAUUCUUGGCCGCACAAGGUAAGCUCGGAGCGCUGCUGGCUGUGCUGCCAUUCUUGGUUUGGUAUGGUGCCUCUGCCGAGUUCUACUCGUCUAUACAUGCGAUGUCCAGGGUGUUUGGCUAUGAGCAGCAAAUGUUGCAGCACAUGCAAAAAUUCAUAGCUGAUAAUGAAAGCAAAUUGGAUUUUCUGAGAGCGCGACUGGACGAAUUCGAGCGCGAGCGCAACGAGGCGCAACAAUGGGGGGUGGCAUAUUUUAAGAGUCCGUUGAACAAAUAUUUGCUGAGCAAACGCCUGACGCGGGACUGGCAACACAUUGCGAAUCUCAUGGCAGCCGCAACCGGCAAAAAGCCACUGGUACGCCUGCAGCGCUUGCGCCAGCAAGAGCACAUGCCGAACGCCCAGGAACUGGAGGGCGCCAUCGAUGGUUUGCUGCGCCUACAAUCCAUUUACAGGUUACAGACCAGCCAUGUGGCUGCUGGCAUACUCGAUGGCGUGCCUUAUGGUACUCAGCUAAACGCCCAGCACUGUCUAGACAUAGCCCAGCAGGCACUGCGGGAUGAGCAUCUGCAGCUGGCACACGCCUGGCUGCUGGAGGCGAACAGUCGUCUGUCAAACAGCGAUCAAGCCAGGCUGCAGCCCCUCAUUUUGGCGCAACUUGGGCAAGUCAAAGCCAGGCUAACUCAUAUUGCUGGCGUCAAUGGUACCCUGCAGAGCCUUAAGGAACUGGAGCCAGGCAGCGAGAGGUAUAUAAAUAACUAUAAAGACUUUCAGCCACCAUCUGAUGAGCUGAACCCAGUCGAGGAGCAUCCCCCUUUGCCCGAGAAUCUAACGGAGUUAAGCGAGUUCGACUUGUAUCGCUACACCUGCAAUGGUCAUAUAAAACCCACGCCGGCGGAACUCCGUCAGUUGCGCUGUGGUUAUAUGACUGAGACGCAUCCCUUUUUGCUGCUGGCUCCGCUGAAGGUCGAGGAGCUGAGUCACGAUCCGCUGCUUGUGCUCUACCAUGACGUCAUCUAUCAGAGUGAAAUUGAUACACUAGCUAAGCUAACUAAAAAUAAAAUUCAUCGUGCCACGGUAACUGGCAAUAACGCAUCCGUGGUGUCCAACGCACGCACCAGCCAAUUCACCUUCAUCCCGAAGACGCGGCACAAAGUAUUACGCACCAUCGAUCAACGGGUGGCAGACAUGACGGAUUUAAACAUGGUUUUUGCGGAGGAUCAUCAGUUGGCCAACUACGGCAUAGGCGGUCACUACGCCCAGCAUAUGGACUGGUUCUCCCCGAAUGCCUUCGAAACCAAACAGGUUGCCAACUCAGAAAUGGGCAAUCGCAUUGCCACCGUCUUGUUCUAUCUCACCGAUGUGGAACAGGGUGGUGGCACCGCAUUUCCCGUCCUAAAGCAAUUACUGAAGCCCAAGAAAUAUGCGGCCGCAUUUUGGUACAACCUACACGCCUCGGGCGCAGGCGAUGUGCGGACCAUGCACGGCGCCUGCCCCAUUAUUGUCGGCUCCAAGUGGGUGCUCAAUCGCUGGAUACGUGAGUUCGUGCAGUCGGAUCGCCGGCCCUGUUACUUGUGGGAUGACUCGCAGGUCAGGCUAAAUCAACUUUUAGAGCUAAAUGAGAGCCAAAUCGAGUGAAUUAGCUAUUGCUUAGACAACGUUCUGAAUAAGUAAAAUAAACUUUGUUCAAUCGCUGAAGAUUCUUCAGCUGAUUUUAUUUGGUUUUAUUUUUUUUUGCCACUUAUACAUUCAUAAUUCAAUUACAUUCAAUUCAACAUUAAUAUGUAUUUGCAUAAUUGCUAGUUAGUUACUUUGACUUACGCCUUCCAUACGCCACGUGGGCCAACAAAAAUAAUUGCCUUUGGCUUGCAGCUGCAAGUGUCUGUUUUAAAAUCUGCUUCAGUUACAAAACUGACAAAACUUUGCUAGUGCUUUGAUUUCAAUUAAUAUAUAUAUGUUUUCAUAAAUAUGUAUGUGUAUUUGUAUA